UGUGUGCGCUUCGCUUCACGAGCUGACCAUGUACUGUGGAGAUGAGGUAGCGACCAUCGUGGGAGACAUCGGAGCGGACACCUGCAAGUUCGGCUACGGGGGGGAAGACUCGCCAAAGCAUGUGUUCUUGUCGACGGCGGGAUAUCUCCCCGGCAACACGAGCAUCAAAGAGGGCAUGAACGAGACGAAGACAACAACGACGGCGCGAGGGGGGAGCGCGGCGAUGGACGUCGACGGAGGGAGGGGGGGGGCAGCGGGGGGCGCGGGAGGAAGGGCUAAGGCCAAGAACAACGAAGGUGGGGGCAGGGAGGAGAGUGGCCGCUGGUUGCUGGGAGACCUCGCGGUGUCGAGGAGAAGGGAUGGCAUGGAGAUGAGGAGCCCGCUCGUUGACGGGUUGCUGUCAGACUGGGACCAGGUGCGUUUUCAGGGGAUCGGGGCUGUCUC